AUGUUCCCCUUGCUCUUUGGGGCUGGACUGGUGGUUCUGAACCUAGUGAGCUCUGCAAGGAGCCAGAAGACAGAACCUCUUAGUGGCUCUGGGGACCAGCCCCUCUUCCGUGGUGCGGAUCGAUACGACUUUGCCAUCAUGAUCCCUCCAGGAGGCACAGAAUGCUUUUGGCAAUUUGCCCACCAGACUGGAUACUUCUAUUUCAGUUAUGAGGUUCAGCGGACACUGGGAAUGUCACAUGACCGGCAUGUUGCUGCCACUGCACAUACCCCACAGGGUUUCCUUAUAGACACCUCUAAGAAUGUUUGGGGCCAGAUUAACUUCUCUACCCAAGAGACAGGUUUUUAUCAGCUUUGUCUAACAAAUCGGCAAAAUCGCUUUGGUUCUGUGCAAGUAUACCUCAAUUUUGGAGUCUUCUAUGAGGGGCCUGAGAUGGACCACAAAGAGAAGAAUGAAAGAAAACAACUGAAUGAUACUUUGGAUGCAAUUGAGAAGAGUACACGAAAGGUGCAGAACAAUAUCUUUCACAUGUGGCGAUACUACAACUUCGCUCGCAUGAGAAAAGUGGCUGACUUUUUCCUACUCCAGUCAAACUAUAACUAUGUGAAUUGGUGGUCGACAGCCCAGAGCCUUGUUAUUAUUCUUUCUGGGAUCCUGCAGCUAUAUUUCUUGAAGCGUCUCUUCAACAUCCCAACGACUACAGACACAAAGAAGCCAAGAUGCUAA